CCGGGGGGGCGCGAGGGGCGGGUCCGAGAGCGGCUGGGGGGGCGGGUCCCCCGGCCGGCCGGCGCAGCAGGGUCACCCCCUUAGCCCGGGGGGGCCCCGCCGCCUCUCUGCCCCCCCGCGGCGGGCACCAUGCCGCCCCAGCAGCGCGCCGGCCCCGCGGCCCGGGUGCGCGUGUGCGUCCGCCUGCGGCCCUGCAGCCAGGGGGACCCCUGCGUCCGCGGCCUGGACUCCCGCUCCCUGCAGGUCGUCAGCUGGAGGAACAGGAAGGAGACCGUGGAGUACCAGUUCGACACCUUCUACGGCGACCAAGCCACCCAGCAUGACCUCUAUGCCGGCUCCGUGCAGCCGGUCCUGGGCCACCUGCUGGAGGGGCAGAACGCCAGCGUGCUGGCCUACGGGCCCACCGGUGCUGGUAAGACGCACACCAUGCUGGGCAGCCCAGAACAGCCAGGUGUGAUCCCACGGGCGCUGCGGGAUGUCCUGCAGAUGACGCGGGAGGCGAGCAGCUCACCCAGGGGUGAGGAGUGGGACUACUCCGUCUCCAUGUCCUACCUGGAGAUCUACCAGGAGAAGGUGCUGGACCUGCUGGAGCCGUCCCAGCAGGACCUGCCGAUCCGGGAGGACCGGGACCGGAACAUCCUGAUCCCGGGGCUGACUGAGCGAGAGCUGGGAGGCUUCGGGGACUUCGAGCGGCACUUCCUGCCAGCCAGCCGCAACCGCACUGUAGCCUCCACUCAGCUCAACGACCGCUCAAGCCGCAGCCACGCCGUGCUGCUGGUGCGGGUGUCGCGGACCCAGCAGGCGCCCCCCCACCGCCGCCGCACGGCCAAGCUCUGCCUCAUUGACCUGGCCGGUUCUGAGGACAACCGGCGCACUGGCAACCGUGGCCUGCGGCUCAAAGAGAGCGGUGCCAUCAAUGCCUCCCUGCAUGUGCUCAGCAAGGUGGUGGACGCCCUCAACCAGGGGCUGCCCCGUGUGCCAUACCGCGACAGCAAGCUCACCCGCCUGCUGCAGGACUCCCUGGGGGGCUCAGCUCACAGUGUGAUCAUUGCGAAUGUCGCCCCCGAGCAACACUUCUAUUUUGAUACGCUGAGCACGCUGAACUUUGCUGCCAAGUCCAAGCAGGUGGUGAACCGGCCCUUCACCCAGGAGACACUGCAGGCCCCAGCUGCACGCAAGAGGCCUCAUGAGGAUCCUGGAGCCGGCAGUGCCAGCCCAGGGGCAAAGAGCCCUCACAAGGAGGAGCCCCCCGAGGCCAAGCCGCUCAGCUCCUUGCUGCCCCUGGAGCAGCUGGACCCAAGGCUGGUGCAGCGGCUGCUGGGCCUGGAGCAGCUGGAGAAGCAGCAGGGGGGUGCUGGGCGGAGGCUGCCGCUGCUUAGCACCCCCCGGCGGGAGCGGGUGGCCCUGCUGCGCCAGCUGGAGGAGACACGCGGCGAGCUGCAGAAGCUGAAGGAGAAGCAGAAGGCGCUAGAAGCUCUGGCACUGCUGGACAACACCUGUCAGCCCAAGCCCCUGCGCGACAGCCAGGCCCCCCCCAGGGCCCGGAAACAGGCCGUGGUCCUGCCCCUGCAGCAAGUGCACACCCCCCUUGGGAAGCAGGCCACGCCCAGUGGAGACAAAGGGGUCCUGGUCAUACAGAGGAAGCAGGGCCAGGCCGAUGGGCCGGGGGCUGAGAACCAGGCUCCACCCUGGGAGCUGAUGCUGCGCCCUGACCUGCUGGCCCAGAGCCGGGAGAACCUGCUGGUGCUGCUCAACCAGGGCAGUGCCAAGGAGCUGCGCGCCCUGCACCGCAUCGGGGACAAGAAAGCCCAGCUCAUCAUGGCCUGGAGACAGCUCCACGGGCCCUUCAGCCAGGUGGAGGACCUUCAGAAGGUGGAGGGGAUGACAGCCAAGCAAGUGGCCUCUUUUCUGAAAGCCAACCUGCUGAGCGCCCUGGGCCGUGUCUCGCUCGCGCCCCCCCCUCAAUAAAGGUCUCUGUGUCCGUCA